CUUAAGCACAGAGGCCAGUACUGCCAGUCCAGUAGUGUGAGUAUAGACUCGAAGCGGUAAAUACGCGCACGGCUAAAGCCUCCGCGUCGACUAAAUAGAUAGUCAGUUGCACACGAGCUCUCGAACCGACAACAUCUCCUUUCGCUGUGAACCGUCGUCGUCACAACCCCCCUGGCAUAUAACUCGUUAUAUAUCCAAGCCAACUUGGAUGAGAUCUCAUUCGUUGCGAGAGGACAUAGUGCGUUUCGAGUCCAGUCCGGCCUCUCCGUUCGAGACAUGUUACCCAGAGUCUUUGCGAAAAGAGUAGUUACGCGUAGCCGACGUCUGCAGCAUCAGCCAUCCAAGUCUACGACGUUGUUGAUGCUUUGAACUGUCAACGAUUUUUUCGCAACUUUGCUAACUUUUUCGAGCACCGACUGCAAAAUAAAACAAACAAACUGCUUGAUAGUGUCAAACGACGAGAGACAAAGUUCGUCGUCGCCGAAUAAUAAAGCUGAAGAAACCCUUCGACUGAGUUUGUUUGGUUUUCUUUUACAAUUUCGCGAGUGUGGUGAACAAAACAAGUUUUUUUGAAAAAGGAAAAAAAAAUUUUUUCAAACCGUUUCGAAUUCGUUCGAACUCGCGGUUUUUUUUGUAAUAAUAAAUUAAGUGUGCUGUUGUGGUGCGCCGUCUACACAUAGUAGCCAGGAUCUUCUCCUUCAGCGGAGAAUAUCAGCAGCGGCAUCAAGAUUAUUGACAACAUGGUACCCCAGCAGCAAGACAGCCCCUCGAGCUCGGGCAUUCCGCUGUUCGGCUCGCUGCUCGUCGACAAGAACUCAUCGACGCCUUACUCUGAUGCUACUCAGACAAAGAAAAACAAUCCGAAUCACAUCAAGAGGCCAAUGAACGCUUUCAUGGUGUGGUCGCAGAUAGAGCGAAGAAAAAUCUGCGAGGUCCAGCCAGACAUGCACAACGCCGAGAUAAGCAAGAGGCUCGGGCGCCGCUGGAAGACACUGAACGAUACCGAGCGCAGACCGUUCAUCGAGGAAGCCGAAAGGCUUCGCCAGCUCCACAUGAUGGAGUAUCCAGAUUACAAAUACAGGCCGCGAAAGAAAACUACGAAACCCGCGCCGUCACCCAAGACCAAGGAGCACAAGAAAGCCAAGAAAUCCUCGUCCACAUCGUCCGCUUCGUCAACGACUUCGCUGUCGCCGUCAUCCUCGCCAAAUACAUCCUCGUCGUCGCUGUCGUCCCUGUCUUCCGUCACGCUGAGCCCCAGCCCAAUCUCAUCGCCCAAGCUCAUGCGCAAUGACACAAACAACAACCAGCAGCAGAGCCCCGUCAAGAGGCUUCAAUCGACACCCACGACGAAUCCCAUCUCCAGAUUGAAAGUCAGAUUGGCGUUGGACAAGAGGCCAUCGCCGCCCCAACAGUUGCCUCAAUCGAACGAUUAUACACCUACGCCACCGAUCGUCACGGCUAAAGUGCCGAGCAGUCCUUCUUGUGAUACACCCGAUUCGCCUGAAUCGGCCAGCUUCUACGAUGAUCACUUCAGUCUCGAUUGUCAUCAACAACAACAGCAGCAACAACAGCAACAGCAGCAGCAGCAACAACAAACGCAGUUGACUCUGCACCAACAUCACAUGCAGCAGCAAAUGUUACAGCAACAGCAUCAGCAGCAGCAAAUAAAACAAGAAGCGAUGGAAUACACUACGACAGAUUUCCCAAAUGAUAGAUUAUUGUCGCAAUUGCGAACGUACACAAACGAUCUGAAUGCUUUGGCGCGGAAUGGUUUCCAGCAACAACAAAGGCCGCAGCACCAAAUGUGCCACACACUUCCUAAUCAUCACAGCGUAUUCAUCAAAGAAGAGCCCCUUGAAAUGAAUACCAUGGUUAGCGCAGUGACUAGCUCUAACAACGGCAAACUCGAAGAUCAGCAAAACAAUAAUAACUGCAACAACGCCAACAUGAACAACACCACGAGUCUAGCUGACCUCGACUCGCUGACGGAUUUGCUUCAGAUUCAACCAAGCGACUUCAAACUGGAUCUCGACAUGGAGACCAUCGCAACGGAACUGGAGAGUUUUGAGCGUAACGCCGGUGGUGCUGAUACUACCACGCACUUCGGCUUCACCUGCAAUCCAGAAAUCUCAGACAUGUUCUCCGACAUUGGGGUAAGCAGCGAUUGGGCGACCUUCUGAGAUGAGCUGAACGACGGCGGGGGAGAGCUCGCGAGUCGCGUGUGCGGCGACUCGAUGCUCUUUGACGAUAUCGUCGAUGGCCCGUCGUCACCCGUGCUCGCGAACGACGAUGACGAGACUAUCGAAAAGUCCGACAUCGUUGUUCCCACUUUAGCCUCGAGCUCCUUGGAAUCAAGCGUCUCUUCUCCAAAGAGAUUGAGAAAGUCAAAGAAGUCGAAGAAGCAUAAGAAGCAUCGCCGAAGUAGGUCUAAGCACAGACACAGCAGCACUAGCAGCGUACGCAAAAACAGAUUGCUGUUGUAAAUACUCUCAUCCCAGAGUAACUAAAGAAACACACAUUACACGUUAUAUUUUAUUGUGUUCAUAUUUGUUUAUUUCGAAUUUUUAUUUCGACGAUAACGUCGUCAGAGCCAAGCUACAAUUGAUCUCUUUACUCUCUCUCUUUCUCUUUCAAACGAGUGUGUUAGCGGCAUUAUUUCAUAAAUAAAUACCAGAUACAUAUAUUAUUGAACUGGCGUGAAGUUUACGAUAGAGACGAGAUAUAUAUUCGCAAAAGCUUUGCGGCAAUUUAAAAGGCAGUACUGCUCUGGUGCGUUUCCGGGGCGGAAGCGCUCAUCGGUUGCCAGCUGUUUCCUUGCACUCUCGCUAAAUCGAGUCCAGCUGAUCUGAACUGGUCCACACAACCGCUGGUGUGCGUUACGUCUCUUUCGCAAAUACACACGUACAAUAAAUAAACAGUUUGUGCACGUUUACACCUUUCGCUCAAUGGCUAAGCAGCAAGCAACGGUCUGUGCAGUUCUUAAGGAUGUCUGGAUUUGCUUCCAAUUUUUCAGCGAGUGCUCUACGUAUGUACAUAUAAAUACAAGCAAAAAGGUGAUUUUUUUGUUAUCACUAUUCGUUGGCCAUGCGUUACGGCGUGCGUGCGAAGAAAAAAAGUUGAUUUUUUUCUUCUGUUCAUAAUCAUGUUCUCGUUUGUGUAUACUUGUUCAGUUUUUAAUCUCUAAUACUUUUUCAUAUAUGCGAGCGCUCGACCGUUUAUUUAUGCCUACCUAAUGUGCGUUAAAAACAAGAUGUUGGUGCAUAUAUUUAUAAGUACAUAUGUUAUUCGAGGGCUGUACGAUACACUUAUUCAUACUGCGUCACAACGUGUCUAUAUGUGUGUAUAUAUCUAUAUCAUUACUCUUACAUACAUACACACAUAUACAAUACGUCAAUAUAUAUGUUUAAAGAGUUUUAUUGUGUAAGCAGAUUUUUCAGAAUAUAAAACGUUUUUCUCUCGUGUUUUUGUAAAUGUACUGUAGCAUACUAGAAACUUAAGGACUUUUGUACAAUAAGAGCGAGCUAGAGUCUCGAAGUUUAAGCUGACCCUCUCGGGCACCCGGCCACACUCUCAAAAACGAUGUCUUUUAUAAUCAAAUUUGUUGACCUCGUUGACGAUGUUCAACAACAGUUUUUAGCCGUAGAUGACGCAGUUUCAACUUUGAGACAAGCAGACUUUUCCCUUUACCCCGUGACAUUGUGUAUAUCGAUAACAUAGAUACGUAUGUAAGAUUAUUAAUAACGAUUUGAAGAUUUCCUUGUGGUAUAUUUGUGCAAAAGUAAUAAAAUACUAGCGAUCCACUGUUGCUAUAUCUGUAAUGAAAAAAGCUCGUAAACAAUAUCCUAAUGUUCAUAGCAUUCAUUUUUUUUAAAUGUGUAAGUUCGAGGUGUUACGACUUAUUGUAUAUUCUCGUUGAAUGCUCGGAACAGAACCGAUCGACAGAAAAACGACAGUAACCUUUUCGCGAUUUAAAAUUUUUACUCUUUGCAAACGUAAAUUUCUCUUUGAUACAUUAAAAUUAAAGCAACUGAAAUCAUAACGGAGUUGUGAAAAAAAUAACACAGCAACGAUAAAAGUAGGCAGAUUUACAAAAGCCCAAGUCUGAAAUCUCGGUUUCGAGAGUUUUGACUGAUUCGUUGAUUUACUGUCGCUCGGUUUUUAUCCCUGGCACGAAAGUCAUUGUGAGUAUAGACGAAAGAUAAACACAAACAGUUAAUUAAAAAUUCAUGGAAAAACGAAAAAGAAUAAGGCAUGUUGAAAGAGAAAGCAUUGAUUGCAUAUUACGCACAUAAACGAAAUAUAACACUCAACACACUCACCCGUCGUUUAUAUAUUGAUUUUUGUCGCAAAUAUGAUAGAAUAAAUACACGUAUACAUGCAGAAACACGCGAUAAGCGCACAUCUUUGUUAAAAAAAAAGAGAAAAUACAGAAAACGAUUAGCGUCCGCCGAGAGAGAACAAGAGCGACAUUUAAGGAAGAUAGUUAUAAAUGCAAAGUUGAGUUGAUAUAAAACGUUAUUGAACUAUAAUAAACUAUAUUGUAUUUGAGAUUGCGAAUAAGAAAAACGAGCAUUGCGAGUCGAGAGCAUAAGCAUUGCAAUAAAUGUGUAUUGCUUGCACAUAUAUGUAUAAAAAAAUACCGAUAGCAAAGGUACGUUUUGACAUCGCACCACUAUACACAAAGUUCUUAUUGUUUUUGUUUUUGAAUUCUUAUACGAUAUAUAUACAAAUAUAUAUUAUAAAAAAAUAUUUAUAUGAGAGAGUGCGGCGCCAUUGUGCGACGUCGUCUUCUAUACAUAGUAAGUAAUGUAAUGAGAGUGACAGCUGAAAAGAGCUACACAUAUAUACUUUUAUGCAAUCAGAAAGGGAUGCGAGAUUUUAAUGCGAAUCAUAUACACGAUCGACACACACAUACAGGAGUGAAAACAAAAAGAGAAAAAAGAGCAACGUGUCCGGAUUAUUGUUAUUGAAAUACGAGGGAUGAAUUACAGACAGCACAGACUGUUAUAAUUAUUCCUUUACGUACAAACUAUAUCGAUAUCAAACCUUGAUCUCAUGUUUCUUUUAUUAUUAUUAUGUUAAUUUAAAAUACACUUUAUUAUUACUAUUAUGAUAAUUGAUUUAUAAACUAAAACGCAAUCUUAUUUUAACUUUCGUGCAACUCGACUACUUUUACUCUUCAUAAUUUUUCUUCUCUACUUUUGCUAUUGAAGAUCCUUAGUACUUUUUGUUUUCUCUUUUGGCUCUGUUUUUCUCGCUGAGCGAUAAGGAAAUUUAUGAAAGAGAGAGAUAGCCAUUGCUACAAUAAAAAAAAGUUUAUUAAGAUAGCGCUCUUAUUCACGUAGACAUGUAUGCGUUCGUGUAUUUUGUAAAGAAAAAAGAGAUUUUUCGAAGCUUAAAACUAUCGAUGCGAUUUAAAUUAAGUUAGCCCUUUUUGCGUUUGUUUAUCGAUUUGUGUCAGCCAUUAAGAAAGAAAACGAAAAACUCGCGAGAUGUUGAAAAUUAGUUUGGAGAUAAAAAAAGAAAGAGAGAUAACAAAAAGGUCCGAUAUGAACUGAUACAGGAACGAACAACAAUAAAAAAGAUAAUAGUAAUGAAAAAAUUUUAAACGAAAUAAACAAAAACAGUGCCUACCGCCUCAAAUCUUUUGAAGGAUUAAAAAAUAAACCAUUGUACAAAAUUUAAUACAGGGCCCAGUCGAGAAAAAUUAAAAGAAAAAAUUUAGGAUUUUAUUUAAGUGCAAAUGCUGCUAAUCAAAUAAUACUUAGUACGAAACAAUCGUCUUUUAGCCAAAACAAAAGAUAAUAAAAAUUGAUCGCACGCAUUUUAAGUGAAAAAUAGAGAAAAACGAAACGGCUUGUAAGUUCGGUGCAAAGAAAAGGUUGAGGUAAAUGAGGCGCGGAAGUCGAAGCGAAAUUUCGUAAAAAGAGAGAUGAUCUGACAAUGGCAAGCUUUCUCGGCAAAAAUAGUUCAUAGAAAUUUUUACGAGAAUGACAAAGGAAAAAAGUAAGGAUUAUAGCUAGACACACACGCACACGCACACACACAUACACUGACACACACCGUAACACUAACAUACGUAUACACUCACACACCGACAAACGUAGGAAAAUCACUACAAUAUAUGUAUGUAUAAAACAGGCUGUGAAAUAUGUUGAAGAGCGAAGGGAAAAAGGGAGAAGUAAAUUGGGCGGAAUUUCAGAUAAGAAUGUGCGUGAGCCAAAUGAUAUACGACACGGUGUUGAAAAGGUUCUGCAGCAAAAGAGACGCUGGCGCAAGCAAGCGAUAAGAGUAAUUUUGAAAAAGCCUAGAAAAUAGUCAGUUCUUUGUCGGUGCAUCAUCACACGGAACAUAUCACGUGUGUCGCGGCUUUCAAUUCCUGCGGUUUUGUAUUCGAAUGAUCAAUUUUAGUCGAUUGGUAUUUGGCAAUAAAAUACGAUGAAAAUAAUCCUGUGCUUUACUGAUGCGAUGUACAUAAUUAAAAGUUGCUAGUAAUACGUAUGUUAUUGUCAGGGUGUAAUAAAUCAUUGAUAAUAAUUGAUUUUCGGCUUUGUAUCUGUGCAAAUUGUAUUCAUACAAUUCAGUGAUGUUUUUUUUAUACUUGAAUAUUAAAAAUAGUCGUAUUGAUAGUAUUCGUGCGUAAACGUAAUAAAAAAAUGAGAAUUAGAUUAAAAAAAAACUUGAUACGCGUUAAUUCUAGGUGAUUAGCUUCUUUGCGCUUAGCUUUGUUGCAUAUACGAUAAAAAUUAACAAUGCAAAAAAUUGAACGUAGCGUACAAUAAAAUUUCAUAAAAUUUCCCCGAUAUUUAUGCGUUCAAUGCAGAGAUAAGAUUGGGUAAAAAUAAUGAUCAUUAAAAAAAUGGACCCUCGAUAUAGCUUUACUCUGCUGGCAUCAAAAGAUAUCUUCUUUCAUAAGAUGUAGCGGGUGUACGUGGUCUAAACUAAAAUUCGACCGGGUGGGCUCUUGUGUUCUGAGAAGAACAUUUUCCAAUUUUUAAAAUUCAAAGUUGACGAAAAAAAGUAUAAAUAUAUAUUAUACACAUAUGACAAGACAAAUAAAUGUGUAGUAGUUUUUAACACAAAUUUUAACGCGUUGUAUAUAUUGUCGAAUUGAAAAAAGAUAAAAGUAUAUGUAUAAAUAAGAAUAAAAUGAGGCAUUGCAUCAUUUUUUAACAGUUUUCUUCGAGUAGUGAGCGUAUAUAAAUAUAUAAUAUUAAUAAAAGUUACGAGCGAAAAAUUAACUUUUCGUCCUUGAGGAGUGCUCAGCAUUUUGUGUAAAAUAAUUAUCGUAAAGAAAGGACACUUUUAUAUCGUAUUGCGCUUGGUGUACAUGUAUAUAAAAAAUGGCAAAAACGCAUUCGGAGUCAUAUGUAAUAACUAUCCGUCUUUUCUUAAAGUACCUUAUAAAACGAUGCGCCGCUUGCUGGAUGUUGCAUAGUUGAAAAAACAGAGGAGCGCGCGGCGCAUUAGAAGUCGGGGCUAGUCUUUUGAGCAUUGUCAUGGUUAGGUGUACGCGCGGCAAGUCGUUGCAAGCUUAAUGAGUUUUUUCUCUUGUAAAAUGCAAAGUGAAAUGAAAAAAAAAAGAAAAGAUGAUAUUAAAAUGAAAUAUACUCUCCAGAUAAAAAUUAAUCAUCAUUCUCAAACUAAAUUUUUGAUCGUGUAAAUUUUGGUUUAAAAAAAUAUUGCUCAAAAUUUUUUAAUUUGUCUAAUAGCUUCGUAGGCUACUUUUCAAAUCGUCAAAAACUGUCGAAUCAGAGUUUUGAGCUUUCACGAUAUUUUAAUUUCUUUUCUGUAUUUUAAUUAUACUUUUUAUAAAAUAGAAAAACUUUUGAGAAACACUGCGGAGAGUACACCACAGUGCAAUAAAAAUCAGUUUUACGAAAUUGCAAUACAAAGGGAGAUAGGCGAGUUUAUUUUUGAGUUAAAUGAAUGAUAAUAAUAAUAUAUAAUCCAUAACGGGCGAGUGAAGUUUUUAUUAAAUUUUGAAUCUGUAUCUGUCCAGGGGCUUAUAAUAAUCGACGAUUAAUAAUGUAAUGGAAAAAAAAAUAGCUGUCUGAUAAAAAAAGAAAAAUAGCAAUAUUUUUACACAGUGUCGAUUUGCUAAUAUCAAUUUUUUAGUUUUGUUUGUCGAAAUUUGUAUUUACUUUGCUACUUUUGGAACUUUUUUAUUCGUCUUCUUUUCUUGAAACUAUCUCUCUCUCUUAUUUUUAUAUUCUUGCGUUUGUUCUCUCUUCCGACCAAGUUUGUGCAACUAUUUCGAGGAGAGUUUGUGUUUUAUAUUAUAUUUCUUCGUUUUAUCAUGUACCAUAUGUAACAACCAGGGCGCGUUUGCAAAAACAAAAUCUCGAUAAAAUCCGAUGAUUUUGGAAAAGGUUUAAAACUCUUACGAAAAAAAAAAUAAUUAUCAGCAAUGUAAUGAUAAUCCAGAAGAUAUAAUUGUCUUUAUAUUAUCUAUUCUAGCUCUUUAAGUUUCGCCUAUACUUGUAAGAAAGAAUAAAGUUAUGCUAAUGACUAACUUUAAAAAAUCCACUGUACAUUUGUAUUUAGUCCCCUUGUUUAUAAUACUUAUUAUCUUGUUAUUAAGUAUCCGAUUUAUAUCAUUUUUUAUCGAAAUUAUUAAAAAAUCAUUUAAAAAUAAA